AUCAAGCACCUAGGCAUGCAGACUGCUUCUACAAACAUUUGUGAAAGAAUGGGUCACUUUUAGGAGCUCAAUAAAUUCAAGCGUCGUACCAUGAUAGGUUGCCAUCUGUUCAAUAGGUCCAUCCGUGAAAUUUCAUUGCUACUAAAUAUUCCAUGGUUAACUGUUAAUGGUAUUAAAACAACAUUGAAGCAACUGAGAACAAGAGAAACUCGGCCACGAAGUGGUAGGCCACGUAAAAUGACAGAGCAGGGUCAGCACAUGCUGAAGCAAAAAGUGCGCACAAGUCACCAACUGUCUGCAGAGUCAAUAGCUAAAGACCUCCAAACUUCAUGUGACCUUCAGAUUAGCACAAAAACAGUGUGUAGAGAGCUUCAUUGAAUGGGUUUCCAUGGUCGAGCAGCUGCAUCCAAGCCUUACAUCACCAAUUGCAAUGCAAAGUGUUGGAUGCAAAGGUGGUUGGUGUAAAGCACACUGCCACUGGUCUCUAGAGCAGAUACUUGCCUGACUGCACUGUGUUAAGGGUAAAGUUU